CCUCAGUCUGACCUCGUUCAAACCCUGUUUAUCAGGUGUGACUGUGUGUUUUGUGGACCCGACCCGUCAUGGCAGACCUGGGAAUCAAACCUGGGGCCGCCGUGCUGCUGGUGUGGUCACAGCCGUCGGCUCCGGCAGCCCUGAAGACGCAGGCGGAGGAGCUUGGGAAUGUGGUGGGGUCUGAGGGGAGGGUGGCGGUGGAGAACAUGGAGAGAUUACUGAUGUCCUCUCACGCCCCCUCCUCCUUCGACUGGGUGGUGUCCGGCCUGCUUCCCGACAGCUCCUCCAUCCACUCCGCAGAAACACUCGCCGAGAUGCUGCGAGUGCUGAAACCUGCAGGGAGGCUGCUGCUGGACGAGCCCGUCACAGGAACUGAAGCUCAGACCGUGAGGACGCCGGAGAAGCUGCUGUCCACCCUGAAACUGUCCGGCUUCACGUCUGUGACGGAGACCAGCAGAAGUGACCUGAGUCCCGAGGCGCUGAGCUCCCUCAGACAGACCACCGGUUACCAAGGAAACACCCUGUCUCGAGUCCGCGUGACGGCCUCCAAACCCAACUUUGAGCUGGGAUCAUCAACCCAGAUCAAACUGUCGUUUGGUAAAAAGAAAGCAGCAGAGAAACCGGCACUGGAUCCCAACACGGUGAAGAUGUGGACGUUGUCGGCCAACGACAUGGACGACGACGACGUGGACCUGUUGGACUCCGACGCUCUGCUGGACGAGGAGGAUCUGAAGAAGCCCGACCCGUCGACUCUCAAAGCUCCGAGCUGCGGAGAAGGAGCCGGAAAGAAGAAGAAAGCCUGCAAGAACUGCACGUGUGGCCUGGCUGAGGAGCUGGAGGAGGAGAGUAAAGGCAAACAGAAGAACAACCUGCCCAAAUCAGCCUGUGGAUCUUGUUACCUUGGAGACGCCUUCCGGUGCGCCAGCUGUCCGUAUCUGGGGAUGCCGGCAUUCAAACCCGGAGAGAAGAUCGUCCUGGACGACAAAACCCUGACCGAUGCCUGAACGCUUCCGUUUGACCCCCUGCUGCUUUAAAAAGUCCACAUUCCUGCUGCUUCCCUCGCGCUGGAGAUCUGAUCAAAUCUCCUGGUCUUCAUGAAGGAAGUAUCAUUUUCUUUAUCUGAGGCAAUAAACCAGUGUGAGGAGAGAUCUACGAAGUUCUUUUUAAAGUGCACUGAAAACUGCUGAUGCUGGUAAAUCGACCUCUCACAACCUGGGACAUUUUCUCAUUAGUAGCUACUGAAGUCAGGCAUGCUGAACAAUAACGCCAACAGCAGCUUCAUCUGGCUCAGUCUGCUGAAUCAAUUGGUACCACUGGCUCGAUGACCUGGUGGGUUAGUUACCAGUCUCCUCCACGUCUCAAACACACAAUUCCCAGUUACAUUGAUGCUCUCCAGUUUAUUUAUGUAUAUAAAGACAAAGAAGUGUUGUCAGUUUUCUUUUUCAUUUCAAUAAAGUGAUGCCAAAC